UUUUUUUUCAAUUUGGUUAUUUUUCUAAUUUAAAAAAAUAAAAUUAUAUAUAUAUAAUUUUUCUAUUUUUUUUUUGGUACGAUGGCUAGCCCGACAGACCUUUAUCCUCAGGAAAACUUCUCCGAUGUUAGGAAGGUGGGCUACCUUAGAAAGCCCAAGACUAUGCACAAGAGAUUUUUCGUGCUCAGGGCUGCCAGUGAUUCGGGUUUAGCCAGAUUGGAGUACUAUGAGAAUGAGAAAAAGUGGAGGCAUAAGUCUGGGGCCCCAAAGAGGUCCAUUCCCCUGGAGAACUGCCUUAAUAUCAACAAGAGGGCGGAUUCUAAGAAUAAGCAUUUGGUGGCUCUGUAUACAAAAGAUGAGUGUUUUGCAAUUGCUGCUGAUUGUGAACAAGAACAGGAAGGAUGGUACCAGGCUCUGGUGGACCUUCAUAAUCGUGGUAAAACACACAGUCACCACAAUAACCAUGAUGGAGCUGCUAGUGGGGUAGAUGGAGUAAAUGGGGAAGAUGUUUAUGGAGAAAUGACUCCACCAGGCCUGGCCUUCAAAGAAGUAUGGCAAGUGAUAAUGAAACCCAAAGGAUUGGGGCAAAUAAAAAAUGUUGUUGGAACGUACCGCCUGUGCCUGACCAGCCGCACUAUUAGUUUGGUGAAGCUGAACUCUGAUGCAGCAGCAGUAGUUUUGCAGCUCAUGAAUAUUCGGAGAUGUGGCCAUUCGGAGAAUUUCUUUUUCAUUGAGGUUGGUCGUUCUGCAGUAACAGGAUCUGGUGAAUUCUGGAUGCAAGUCGACGAUUCCGUUGUCGCACAGAACAUGCAUGAGACAAUCUUAGAGGCUAUGAAAGCACUGAGCGAGGAUUUUAGACCUCGCAGUAAAAGCCAGUCUUCAUCCAACUGCUCCAACCCCAUAUCUGUUCCCCUUAGGAGACAUCACCUUAACCACCCACCACCCAGCCAAGUAGGGCUUAACCGGAGAGCACGCACAGAGAGUGUUACAGCCACGUCUCCAGCAGGGGGUGCUGCUAAACAUGGAACAUCGUCCUCAUUCAGGGUUCGGGCAUCCAGUGAUGGUGAGGGUACUAUGUCAAGACCAGCUUCAAUGGAUGGUAGUCCUGCAAGCCCUAGUGCCAAUAGAGCUCAGUCACAUAGACAUAGAGGAAGUGCUCGCCUACAUCCACCACUUAACCAUAGCCGGUCUAUCCCUACUCCGGCAGCUCACUGCUCUCCAUCAGCUACUAGUCCUGUCAGCCUAUCAUCGAGUAGUACCAGUGGACAUGGCUCUACCUCUGAUUGUUUGUUCCCACGAAGAUCUAGUGCCUCAGUUUCUGGUUCGCCGAGUGAUGGCGGAUUCAUUUCAUCAGAUGAAUAUGGUUCUAGCCCUUGCGAUUUCAGAAGUUCUUUCCGCAGUGUGACUCCAGAUUCUCUAGGGCACACACCACCAGCCCAAGAAGAAGAUUUGAGUAACUACAUCUGCAUGGGAAAACCAAGCAGUCAAAUUCAAAAAGGCCUUCAACAAAGGUACCACUCAAGUCGGGGAGAAGAACACCAUGACUUGGACAAGGUUUUCAGAAAGCGGACCCAUUCUUCAGGAACAUCCCCACCAACUGUAUCACAUCAGAAGACCCCAUCACAAUCUUCUAUUGAAGAAUACACUGAGAUGAUGCCUUCUUAUCCUCUCCGUCUGUCGUCUUUCAGACACUCGGCUUUUGUGCCCACAUACUCUUAUCCAGAAGAGUGCCUGGAUCUCCACCUUGAGGCUAACAGAAUUAAUCACACGGAUGAUGGAUACAUGCCAAUGUCACCUGGUGUUGCCCCUGUGCCUCCCAAAAGUAAUGACUAUAUGCCUAUGAGUCCCAAAAGUGUGUCUGCCCCACAGCAGAUUAUUAAUCCUAGAAGACAUUCUCAGGUGGACUCAAAUGGCUACAUGAUGAUGUCCCCCAGCGGUAGCUGCUCACCCGAUACUGCAAAUUACUGCAAGAUCUGGACCAAUGGUACAAAUCCUAAGUUGUCAAUGGAAAGUAAUGACGGCAAAUUGCCUUGCAAUGACUACAUUAACAUGUCCCCAGCUAGUGGCUCCACUACAAGCACCCCUCCAGAUUGCUAUCUGAAUACUGUUGAAGAGCCCCCCAAACCUGUUUAUUCUUAUUUCUCUCUACCCAGGUCCUUCAAGCAUGCUCACAGGAAGAAUGAAAAUAGCCAUUUGCGUAUGUCUGCUAAUGCUGGACAUCACCUGUAUGCUGAGGACUCCUCUUCUUCUUCCACUAGCAGUGAUAGCUUGGGAGGUCAAGACUCACAGCAAACACGGAAGGGUGAGACAUGUCUCCCAGGCAAGCGAUUAACAAGGCCCACGCGACUUUCUUUGGAAACUAGCAAAGCUAGCACUCUCCCCAGGGCUAGGGAACCUGUCUUGCCUCCUGAGCCCAAGAGCCCUGGAGAAUAUGUCAAUAUAGAAUUCAGUGACAAAGCCUUCUCUGGGGGUUCAUUGUCUUCCAUGUGCUCCCUGCCAUAUGUGCAAAGUAGAGUGGUACCACAGAGGGAGAACCUGUCUGAGUACAUGAACAUGGAUCUUGGAGUGUGGAGGGCCAAAACAGCCUAUGCGUCGUGUGCAUCAACCUAUAAACCUACAUGUAAACCUGCUAGCUCACUGUGCUCUCCUGAUAUAUGCAGUAGCAGCCGUCCACCUGUCCGAGCAAAGUUGGUUGCCCGGGACUCAAUGAGCAUGCAAAAUGGUACACUUUGUUCAGAUUAUAGUCAAAUGACACCUUCCAGGAUCACAGCCAGGGCCACCUCUUCUUCUAGUAAAAGUAAUUAUGCAGAAAUGUCUAUUGGCGGGGUCCCUGAAGAUAGCUCUGCUGUGCUCUCAACUCCUAACACAAAUUUGUCAGAAACUCUUCAUUCUUCUCUAUUGGGCCAGGGAUCUGGCCCGAGCGCCUUCACCAGGGUGAGCUUAAGUCCUAGCCGUAACCAGAGUGCCAAAGUUAUUCGUGCUGGUGAUUCACAAGGCAGGAGGCGGCAUAGCUCGGAAACCUUUUCAUCUACCCCUACCACCUCCAGAGUCAGUGCUGGCCCAGUUUCUGGGGAGGAUGUUAAAAGACAUAGCUCUGCUUCCUUUGAAAAUGUAUGGCUCAGAUCUGGAGACACUGCCAGGAGGGAAUCUCUUCAGCAUUCAGACCACCUGCAUAAUGGCCUCAAUUAUAUUGAUCUGGAUCUGGCCAAGGAUCUGAGUGUCCUGGAGCAUUGCAACUCCCAUCAGACAGGGGCAAGCCACCCCUCAGAUGACCUAAGCGCCUAUGCCAGCAUCACGUUUCACAAGCUGGAUGAACACCGGAGCCAAGCAGAAAAUGAAGGUAAUUUAUCAUAAAAGCACAUACAUUACACACAUGGCACUUUUGUUUUUUGACCCAGUAGUUCUGAGAUGGUCAUGGUAAUCGCAUGUGCUGAGAAAACCUAAGCUACUGAUUCUCAUACUUAUGGAACCCUUAUGGAAUCCUUAAGGAACCCCUAACAAGAUGGGGUCUAAAUGUGUUCAUACUAUUCUAAACAUUUUAAUGGUUGCUUAACUAAGCGAAGUACACAAUAUCACAAUUUCCUGGUCUUUAAUUGUAUUUGUUUUUAAAUGUUGUUGUUUUUUUUUUUUUUUUUUUUUAACUAGAACAUUAUGUUGGGAUUUAGGGUUUUGGUCAUUUCCACACUACUCUUUACAUGUUUGUAGUGGUCCAUUUGUUGUACCUUCUGAGACAUCAUUUGCGUUGGCACAUAAUUUAUGUGCUAGUGCUCUGGUGGCUUUAUAUAUGCACCUGUCAAUGCGGAACUUGCUCUCCAACUAAUUCUGCAGUUCAGUAGCUAUGAGUUGUUGUUAUAUUUUAAUUGUCAUUUGAUCAGAAAAUAGGACUUUGUUCUAAGAACUACAUUUGUUUUUUUUUUGUUUUUUCUUGCAGUUAUUAAUUCUUCUCAGAGUUCAUUGACUGCUUUGGAGUGAUUUUGAACCCUAGAUUGAAUAUUCUAAUAAAUUGGCAAAUUCUGAACAUAUCCUAGAAAAUGCUAUUUGCUUGUGAAAGGAUUAAUUCUUCUAACUAUAGAGUAGGCUGGUCAAAGAAAAAUCUAGGUGUAUCUGUGUAAUUUUUAGCCUUUGUACUAGCAGUCUACAACUGCAUUGACACUCAGCCAGCAAGGCGAGUGGUCGCAUAACAUGACAGUUGACAACAUGAUAUAUGCUUUUAGAAGAGUCAUAGUCAAGCACCCUUUUUUUUUUUUAAAUCCUGCUAUUUCGUGUAUUUUAACAAACUAUGAGUAAUUCGUUUUAUGUUCAGCUUUUCCAAACACCAAAAGUUCUGUUCACGUAAUUCCAAUCAAUCACUUUCUAAUUUGACAGUCUGUAUUGGUUUGCACUGUAUUGUUGGUAUAUACUGCAACCAAUGUAGUAAUUGCUUGACAUCUGAUACAUUUUUUUUUUUUUUUUUACAAUCUGAGAUCCAAAGCAAUGUGCACUUAAGGGUGACCCAAUAAAGAACAUCUCUUGUAUAGUGCUUGGUGGCUGUAGAAUACUGUACCAGAUUUUUUUUUUUUUUAAAGCUGUUCUGUGCUCUGUGAAUUUCAAGGUCAAGCUAAUCUGAAGUUCUCAUUUUGUGCCAACCAGAUACCCUUUGUACUUUGUGUCCGUAGUGUGCAUUAUAGUACGUUUAUGGACUGAUUCCCUUCCUCACAUCUUGUAUACAUUUCAUUAUGCAUGAGGAGAAAUUAGAUAAUUUAAUUUGUUUUGUUUUUUGUUGCCAUUUACAUUUUUCACAAACCGACAACUGCUUAUUUUCACACACUAAAAACUCCCUAUAGACUGUGUUUAGUGAUGCACUAGUUAUUUAAUGAGAAUUAAGUCUUAAUGGUUCUUGCUUGAAAUCAUAUCCAUGCUCUCAAAGGUGUCUAAUUGCAUGUUGCGAACAAUUAUCUCACACUACAUGAGACAUGCCUGUAGUUUUUCAAAUAUGUAAGCUUGACUCUAUCGUAAUCCAAGCAGAACAUAUAACACAUAUAAUACUUUUUUUUUCCCUUUUUUUUUAUUUAUUUUUUUUAAAUCCAUUCAAGCUCUUAAUUUGUGCACUGUAAAGCAUCAAAGUUUAAUGGAUUUUAUUUUUGCAUGUAGUCUGCGUGUGUUUUGAUUUAACAAGUUCCAGGUUACUAAAUGGUUGUUUGGUUUAAGUGUAUGUUAGAAAAACAAAAAUGUUGCGUGCAUGUAUAAAAUGUGGUUUGUGCUUAUAUGGAUAAAUAGUGUUUGCAAAUCUAGAGUAUAUCACGUAGAAUGGUUGUACUCGAAUAAUAUGUAGUGUGUGUGCUAUAUGUGUAUUAGAGCUUAAUGGUCUUAUUUCAGCUUGCAUGUGUUAAUGAGUACACAGUGUGCGUUGUACGUGCUUUCACUGUUUUAGCGUAUCAUGUUUACAGGGCUUUGCUAUGCUUUUCCAUCGAGAAAAAGGAACAACGUGGCUAGUGCAACUUCAUGAAUGAAUGAAUUAGAGCGUGGGAAUCUAUCAUUCCAUGGGCUCAUUGCUGUUAUCCCGCCCUCUCUUCCUCCUUAUUAACACACAUCCGCUUAACCCCCUUGCCUUUCCAUAACCAUUUGGCAGCUGAGAGCCUUUCUGUAUGCUUGUUUACUUUUCUCCUAAAGCAACAGGGUUUGCUUCUGCAGCAUAUGUUUCAGAUGUUAUUACAUUGUCUUACGCAACCUGCAUCCGAGCACCUACUCACCAUAAUUACUUUUAACAAAUUUCCCCUCCAGAGUUCAGCCUCUUGCAUUGUCCGUAUCUGGAGCUAAUUUUAAAUGUGAUAGGCGCACGUACUAAUUUGCCAUUUCUGUACAUUUUCUGUUCAUUUUCUCCUGAACACUUUUUUUUUUUUUUUUUUUUAUAAAGACUUCGUUAACCUAAAAGAAUAGAUCAUUUAAAGCUCUUACAAUGUGUCCUAAUACUUUUUGUUUGUACACGAAAUUAUAUAACUAUACAAUAAGCACCUUGAGUUGGAGGGGUGUGAGAAAAUUUCACUUAUCUUGCUCACAAAUGGUUAAACUAGUUAAGCAGGAUUUUCACUUGCUUUAUCUACUGGCUACUGUUACACCAGCAGUCUGUCACCAUGUUGAACGUAAAAAGUAUGCUAAGGCAUUAACAUUGUAAUCUUGAAAAUCAUUGCCGUUGGCACUGCGUAAGUGAAAUUAUGCAAUUAAGUGAUGUGAAUGUACUUAAUAAAGGUCAGCCCCAUCAAUCAUUUAAAAUAGGACACUUGAUCAGGUACAUUAUGUGAUUGGCCACUUUCUUCAUGUGUGCCGGCAAAUAAGUUAAAGUGUCAGGUCAAGCACCAUAACCAAUUCAGGGAUUUGAAGUGUUCGUGGUACUUGCAAUCUGUGUUUAUAGAGUUUUUUUUUUUUUUUUGUUAUGAAAUGCUGCAAAUACAGAUUUUAUCCCCUUUGCUGACUAGGUUGUAAACCCACCUCAGGGGAUGUCGUUGGGAUGUCGUUUACACCCAUCAUUAGCCAUCCCGGAACAAGGGUUCUGUAGAAGUUGGUUGUCGUAAGUCUACUGCAAAGGCGACCUGGCAACCUCAAAGGACCCGUGUAAGAGGGAAGACUGUUGUAAAACUGUUUGCCCCAAUACUGAGAAUUGGCCCCAGGGUUGUAGGGAUUUAUAAUGGCUGGAGUAACCCUUUAAAAUUUCAAUUAAAACAAAUAUUUUUGUUUUGACUGAAUUACUAUUGCACAGCGCUACGGAACUCGCUGGCACUAUAUAAAUAAUAAAUAAUUACACUAGGUAUGAACUAGUGUUAGAUAUUUAAAUUCUUUUGUUUAGGUAAUCCCUAUUAUUCCCACAAAAAGUAGACUGUUCCUGUAAAGAUAAUGGGAUAUUGUGUGAAAAGAAUACAAAUUCUCAUGUUUUGUGUGAGAAGCAACUUUUACGCCAUUUGUGGUUUUAAAACCGUACUAAUUGUUAUAUCGUAGCAAGUUAUAUUGCUUGGAUAUAUGUUGGUGCAAUUAAUAUCAGAUUAUAUUGAACAAAACUGCACUUUCAUAAUGGUCUUAAUUUGAUCCGUAGGGGGAAAAAAACGCUAAUUUUUUAGAUAUUAUGUAUGUCACUAUACCCGUAGUUUUGAUAGGCAUAUCCAAUUUUUUUAUUUUUAUUUUUUUAUAGAUAAUUUUCUAAAUAAAUAAAUAAAUAUAUAUAUAUAUAUAUAUAUAUAUAUAUAUAUAUAUAUAUAUAUAUAUAUAUAUAUAUAUAUAAUUUUUAUUUUAUUUUUUAUACUACUAGUAUGUUUUUUAGAAUGUGUUCUAAAAAAUCCAAUCCGGUUGGAUUCAGAAUUGUACAUUCUUGUCUGCACCCUUGGGUGUAAAGUAAAUGUUCACAGGUAUUCUGUACUUGAAAUCAGUGCUAAAGAUAUUUUAUGUAGAAUUUAGGUGACAUGAAAGUGUAAAUAAAGAAGGUGCCACUAGUACACUUUGAAGCUCUUGCUAUCUAGCUACUGAGAUUUUGCAACCUUGAUGAAAGUGACGCCUACCUUAUGUUGUUAUAUUACAUUAUGCCAUGUGAGAGAUGGGUAUCUUUAGUAUUAACAUGUAAGUAAAAGCAAGCUUCUAAAAUGUUAUGCAAUAGCUGAUUUUGUGGUAGCUUUAAGGUAGUUUUGCACAACAUUGGAGUGCCUUUUGUUAGUCUGCUAAUAACUGGUAGUUAUACGUAGUAUGUCUUCAUCUAUCCUACAUUCUCCUACCCUCUGCUUUCAGAACAUUUUCCUAUCUUGACCAAUAUAGAGAUCAGUGCACACACCAUGCAGUAAAUUAUGCAUCUACCGGUAGAACUACAUGCUGCAAUAAUAUAUUUUUACACAUUACCAUUAGAUACCAUAUGGUCCUCUAUAAAACAGUGCACGUUUUCACAGAAAUUUAUCAGUGACUUUGUGCAGCGGUGCUAAACUUUUUUUAACCACUCUAGUUAAAUUCGCAAGCUCGUCUUUUCAAAGAAUGUGUUUGUUACCAUGCAUACUAUGGCCACACAAAAGUAUCCUGUUUUUCACACUGUGUACUAUUCCUAGUUUUAGACCUGCGUUCUCUAAAAUAAGCAAAGGUGGCAAAUAGCUGCGUUAGUUUAGCAUGUGUUACAAGUCCAUCACAUUUUAGAGAUGUGUAAACCAGCUUUUGAUGCACAGAAUGGUGCCAGAUCUUAAUUUCUCUAAUUUGUUAUUGACCAUUAAGUAUGACCAUCGAAACCCGUUUUGUCUUUAGCCUUUGGCACAGUUUAUGUACAGCGCAGUGAUAUUUGAUAUUAAUAUGAGAUUAGUACAGCUAUGCAUAGUCCCUUGUAGUCUAGAAUUUCAAGUGUGAAAUCAUGUCCACAACAAUACUUUUUUUGCUCUGCUUUUAAAAUCCUAUUUGCCACCAAAACUACUUUUAAAUGCACGUGUUGUUGAGAUGUGUACUGGCUUAGAGGGCGGUAUUUCCCCUAUAAUUUGUUUUUCUUUAGCUAUUAAAAGCUUCCUACCCUGGUCACGUGUUUGGCAGGUAAAUAUUUAUUUUCCUUUUUUCUUCUGCAUGGUCGCAAGGUGACGGAUCCUGCUGCUGCUGCACGUGCUUAACUGCUUGGCAGAUCUGGUUCUGGGGGCUGCUGUUCUCUGCUGGGAGACACCCUGUCUGCUUUUUGUGUCUGCUAUAUAGGCGAUUGAUGUUUACUCCACCGUAGACAAAGGCAGUGUUUGUGUGUGUGUCUGUGGCAGUAUACUAUAAAUAUAAGCAACUAUUUUGUUUAACUAUGUAGGUUAGGAUUUGUCUUCUUUUUCAUGGUUAAUAUAAAUUAAAACUAAACUCGUAGCUCCUUUGAUUACACAUUCACUGUGUCUGAUCUGAUUAGAUGGUGCAAGGUCCGCCCCCUCCCCCCCUCUCUGUAGUUUGCUGUAAAGUCUGUGCAUAAUGGAAGCAGCAGGUAAUUGCAUUAUUUAGGAGUUACAUUACUGUGUCUGUGCAGUUAGGAAGCUGUAUGGCAUUUGCACAUUUAGUAAAGAGCUGGCUUUAUUGAAUUAACUCUGAGUACUCUUUAAAGGCACACACAUGACUUCCCCUCCCCUGUAAUGUGAUUACAUGACAGAUUAUGGGAACUGCUUGUUGCAAUGAUGAGAGGAGUGUAAUUUUCAAGCAGUGCAGACUUGCACCAUUUGAGUUAAAUGAACACUAUUGUCACUAGAACAACUACAGCUUAAUGUAGUUAUUCUGGUGAGUGUAAUCAGUUCCUGCAGGCUUUCUGUUGAAAUCACUGUAUUUUCAGAGAAAUUGCAGUCUAGGAACUGCUCUAGUGGCCACUCCUCAGAAUGACGUUCAACGUCUCCAAGCUCUGUAUGGAGACACUGAACAUUCACCAUAGAGAUCCAUUGAUUCAGUGGAUAUCUAUGAGGAGAUGCUGAUUUCCUAUGGGAAAGCAGUGUGAUUGGGUGAGAUAAUCACUUCUGAUGUCAGCCAAGGAGAUUGGAUUGGCGGCAGACCCAUGUGGCGCUGGAAAUAAGGUAAAUUUUGUUAUAUUGAGGUCAAAAAUACAUGUUUGUUUUCCGGACCCUAUAGUGUUCCUUUUAAUGUUUCUGUAAUAGUGUCAGAGAGUACAUCAUAAAGCAAGAUGUUCUUUGCCCUUUAUUUUACAAAUAAUUAAUACAGGUGGUGGUACCAACAUCCCUUUAAACAAAGUCCUGAUUUCUUUGGAAAAACAUUUUUCUAUUUCAGUCUCUGAAUAUUGUAUUGGGGGUUAGUAUAGGGAUUUUGGGUUAGGAGUGAUUUUUGGUGGGAUCUGUCUUUAAGGUGGUAGGAACAUAACUUCCAGAAUUGAUAUUUACUUCUGUGGGUGUAUGUUUGUUACAUGCAUGCUUGAGAUACCACACUCAAUCUGUUCCUUACAAGGGCAAAGUCCUUGGGUUGUACCUGGGGAACAUUUUGUAUCUUGAAUGCCCUGCUAAUCUGUGUCAAUAAUUUUAUCACAAGAGAUGUGACCUUUUAUUGUGUUUGAUAACAUAGUUCAAUCAAUUUCCCUGAAGAAAGUUGUGUAUUUCACUCUGUAUAAACAAAUCUUAUGCUGUAUAAGGGAAUAUAUUGUGCAAUUACCUACGAUGACAAUACUUUGCGUACCAGGUGAAAGGAUAAAAUACAUUAGACAUGUCACAUGAGGUAACAUUCUCCCUACAUCCUGUGCAGGGUACAUUAACUCAUUGAGAGCAAGUGUCACGCCAUUAGUUUAAUACUACUAUGGACAAGGAAGAACAUUUACAGAUACAUCCAUUGUGGGGUUCUUUGCCUUCUUUCUUAACAGCUCUAACAUAAUUUGUGGCUCUUUUUCAAAAUAUUAUUCCAAAGUAUGUUUUAGGCAUUAUAGAUCACAAGUUACAAUUAAAGAUAAAUUAUUUUUUUGUGUUUUUCUUUUUUCAAAAAAGACAAAUCUUAUCUUUUGUAAUAGGCGAGUAAUUUAACAUUUUUUGCUAGAGGGGCCACGCGUUUAAGUUAGGUUUAUUUGCUAACCCAUUUUACUGUACUACAUAAAGGGGGGUGGAAAAAGUUCAAAAGUUGAGAUUGAAAGUCUAAAGUGUUCUUAAGAAUAAAGUAAUUUAAAACUGGAUUAAACCACUAAAACCAUACAUUUACACUUUAAUCUUACAUUUAUUUUCAGUUACAACUGACUGCCUUUAUAAUAACACUGCUAUUAAACGGUACAUGUAACUGUAAUUCCCAUUUAAAAUGCUUGAAGGCAUGGCUAGUCUUGUACUGAACACUUUGGUACUGUCUUAGUGUUAUGUUCGCUUUAAUUUCACUGGAAAUACCUGCCUUCAUCUGAUGCCAGUGGAAGGCAACUGCAGCUGUGUUUAUACAGUAAACAGUCACAAUGAAAAAUAUUUCUGUCUUAUUUAAGAAAUGGUUUUGUUUCAAUUAGUCUAUUUAUAAGUUUACUGGGAGAUCUUUGAGUCAGGUGCUGUUGUAAUGUGACAGUCGGUUUUUAAAGAAGUAUUACACUAAACAAUAUUACUUUCACUAAAGUCUGCAUUAACAUGAAGUAAUUUUAUUUAAUUUUGUCUAGUGUUGUCAAGCUUGUUGUGGUUGUAUAUAUAUCAGUGCUUCUCUGAUACAGAAAUGACAAUUGAUAGUUACGUGUAUCUCAUUAGGUCUCUGAAGCGUUUUGGACUCCUCAGUCAUUAGUAGUUUUAUUAUACAGAAAACUAGGUCAUUUGUUUGGGACAUGAAAUGUAUUUGUCAUUGAUUAUAUAAAAAAAAAAGAAAAAAUUACAUCAACUAUUGGUCUAAAUUUUUUUUUUUUUUCUUUUUCUUGUGAUUACAUUGUCACAAAAAUAUCUUGUUCAGCAGCAUUGGGAGUAGCAAGUACAAGCUGAAAAAAAUUGACGCAUCUUAGGACAAAGUUAAAACGUCUCUGCUAUGUCUAAGUAACGUAUGGCUUAUAAUAUUAGCUGUAAGCCACUUUUACACCUUCGUGGGUGCAGAAUACCUCUGCACCACGGUCUUGGCAAUGUAAUAUUUAUGGUGGAUAUUUAUCAAUCGCGGGAAAAAGUGGAAGUUUUCUGUAUAUUAAAUACAGCCUGGGUCACAGAAAUUUCCACUUCUGAAGAAAGCCAAAUUUAGAGUGGCGGGGAAAAACCUCAAAUAAAACACUUCUCUGUCAGAAAAAGUGGCGUAUAAUUCAGAAAAUCCACUGCAUACCUAAAAAUGUUUCAGAUUUAAAGACAGGUCGCCAAAAAAAGUAACAGAUCCAAAUCUGAUAGAUAUAUUACAUUGUGCAAAAAAUUUGUAGAAAAAUAGAUGAAAAAGAGUUGACACUUUUUUUCCCCCCAAAACUAUGCUUUAUAGUGCUUAGACUAACCAUUGAAAUGUAAAAAUGCUGUGCAACCAUUUAAGGGGGAAACAUAAUUUUACUUUCCCUGCGCAGUUAACUGACCAUGGGGUGAUCUAUGUAACAAGCGUUAUUUUCUUCUUCUUUCUCUUCAAACACUAGGCAUCUGAUACCACAAAUAAAUGACCGGGUUUUGAUUUUCCUAAUGGUUUUUAUCUGAGGCAAUCCCAUACUUUUGGUGAAUGUAAAGAGUUGUCCUUUUAAUGAGCUUAGUUAUUCACUGUUUGGCAUCCAGUCAAAUGUCCUCCUUCCUCAUUGUGUCCAAAGAAAGCAUUAUAAGGCUGUGUUAGUAAUCAGUGAUCCACAAUGUUUUUUUGUUUUUUUUCAGUUUUACUAAUUUGGGCAAAAUUAAUGCUAAGAAUGGGCAUAGAUAGCGUAUCUCAGUUCUGGUGCCUUCCUCAAUAUCUGACGCUGGAGUACAGCGCUAAAUGACUGUUAAGUAUGUGAGCUGUUAUUAAAGCUUAUUAAAACAUAUGGCAUUUGAUCUAAAGAACAGUUGGUUGAUCAUGUGUUAUUGAUCUCAACCUGUACAGCAUGCUGUUUUGCUUCAUAGUGUUUGUAUUUCUGUGUUUUGCAAUCCUUUUACGGUCUCUGUUCCCAGGCCAGGACCUCUUCUUGCAAGCCAGCUAAAGAGUGCAGUCCCAGCAUGAUUGACCGCUGAGAAUGGUAUAUCAGUUUCCCAUGCCUAGGCCAAUGUAUAAGAGUAUUUCUUACUUAAUUAAACCAAAGGAAUGCAGUGCAAUUCCCAGACUUCUGUGUUUUAUUGUUAAAGUAACAGUACUAUCAUUUUCUGUCUGCUGACAGCAAGCUGUUUAUGUUCAUUUUUUUGCACGUUUAGUUUUGUUAUGAGCCAUUGAUGCUGUUGGUUUUUAUAACUGAUUACGAAUAUGUUGAGACAUGUAAAAAAAUCAAUGUAUAUGCUUUGUAUGUCAAGCACAGGAAAAAUACACAAGAUAACGUAGUGUACCGACUUUCUUAUGUUUUAAAGAGAAAUAGAUCAGAAAUGAAGAAAAAAAAAAAAAACCCCAAAGGUUAUGAAAGAGGAAGAGAAGAGGACACAGUACGCAAAAGACACGUUUGAGGUGACAGUGUUACUUUAAGCCUUGGAUUCUUUUUCACUCUAAUUCAAGGUAGUUGCCUAUCAAAUUCUUAUACACAGGUGUUUAUAUUUGCAGCAAUUAACCUAUUCCAUCAGUACUAGAUAUCCGAUGUGUGGGUGUAUGCUCAAUGCUUUUCAAAUUUCUACCUCCACAUACUGGCUCAAAGAAAGAGCAGGAGCCAUGGGUAAUUACAUGUUCAAUAAUGAAUUUUGGUUAUCCCAUUGUGCAGUUUAGUUUACAAAACUGAGCCGUGUAGUUGCUGUCCGCUUAGGCAUCAUUGUAAAUGUAACCGCUUAAAAGGUGUGGGGUGUUUUUUUUUUUUUAUUUAUUUAUUUUUUUUUUAAAUAUAUUUCUUCAACCUGGGGGACAAUUUUGGAAACCUCCAUUGUUGAUUCUGAAGCUUUCCAUGCAUUGAAUCCAAUGUUUUGGGGUGACUGAUUAAAUGUAUAGCAUUUACAACAUUAAGUAGUCACUCGUAAAAUAUUUAAUAUGUAGGUUACAUCACUUGCCAUUAAUCGUGUCUUUACAAAUUGCUCUUUACAAUGUAAACACACAAAUUGUAGUAAACUUUAUAUAAUCCUUUCCUUUAUUUUACAUGCUGUAGAGCUUGGGAGAAUUAUUGAUGUACAUUUUUUCUGAUCAUGCUUGACAUAUUUAGGUCACUUCCUCCGAAGAUGUCUUUAGAGAUUUAUCCUUAAGUAGCUGGGAGAUGUUCUCUUUUUGUACAGUACCCAGUGUUUUGCGCUCAAUGAGAUUUAUCUUUAUGGCAUUAGCAAUCACAAUUUUGACACGCUUCAAAGAGUUGUUUUUAUCAAAUGUGCUGUGUAUAGAACGACCAUCAUCAAAUCCAUACAGUUCAAGAAUCUCCAUGUAAAGAUUCUGAAUCGUCAUUUUGUUCCCACUCCAGAGUAAGCACUUGGCCAAACUGAGUCGAAAAUUGCACUUUAAAAGAAAACCAAAUAGUUGGCUUGGAUUUUAAAGGAGUUUGUGCUGACACUGGGCUGUUCUGCUUUUAUAAUAUGUAUAGUAAGAAAGUACUGUUUUUCACAUUUAUCACUUAAUUCACACGUCCAAUGUGAUUACGUCCACUCUUUAGUCCAUCACGACCUUCGGGGUGUCAUUUUUUUGCUGUAAUACUGUUUUGCUUGGUCUGAUCACUGAUUUUUGAGAGUUGCAUUUCUGCUGGGAAAACCAAAGCCAACCUCAUCCUGGAGAGUCCCUUUUAUUACGUUUUAACUUAUUGAUUUAGCAAAGAGCUUUACCUACCACUUCUGUUAGAGCUAGUAAUAAAUAGAAGCCUCUGUUUGCUGUACUACUCAUACUGGAAAGGAAAUGGACCGUAUUGGACCUCCUGUCUGCAUCUACAUAGCUGUGAUAAAUGCAAGUUAUCAGGAGAGAAAACUUUAGAAUUAAGACGAAGGAGAUUAAAAAAAAAAAAAAAAGUAAAUAAAAAUCUGACCAGUAUUAUAGGUGGCGGUUAGUGAAUGAUACAUGUUGUAUGGCAAUUUUAAUAUUUUUUUUUUUUUUCCUUCUAAGGGAUUCUUAGUGAAUACUCCAAAUUAGAGAUGUGCACUUACUUUGACAUGUCUCUAACUUGCAUCACAGUGACACUAUCUCUGUCAAUAAGUUGAAAGGCGGAACUCACAGGGACAUCCGAGCACAUUGUUGCGCUAAUUGUAGCAAUUGUAUGCUUUAGCGCUCAGUUAGCACCAAUACAACUCAAUACAUUUGAUAGAUUUUGUCCUCAUUAAUAUUCUAUUUUUUGCAUGCUCAAAUUUAAAGUAUAAAAAUAAAGUCAGAUAAAUUAAGAGGGUAUGUACUGAGGUGAGAAUUUGGUGUCUUUUAUUUCAGUCCCUUUUCACUUCCAUUUUUUGUCUUAAACAAAAAAUGUGAGUUCACAGCUCUUUACAUUAGGUUGAACACUUUAUGAUCUACGAAUUGAAUUAACUUGUUUUUUUCCUCCUCUGUGUUUCUAGCACGUGUUUCAGACAUGACCGUUUUAUCAGGGCUACAGAACGCUGACAGCCAGCUGCAGAUUUUCAUCCCACAUGCAGCUUUCUAAUUAGUGCGAUGUCUCUGACGCCAGAGAAAAUCCCUCACUGCCACGGCACACUUGUCAGGCAGACCGCAGUGAUACCUAUUGCUGUAGAUAUGAUGAAAAUAUUUAAUCUCUUAGUAAUUAAUCUGCUUGGAGAAUCACUUAAGGUUGGCCCUUGGAACUACAGCUACACACCUUGAGACAAAAUCAGCUGCUUCCAUAGACAAAGCAAAUUUUGAAUUGAUCCCCAGUCACUAAUAACCAAAAUAUUUGUUUCAAAUAUUUGAGUUUUUCAAUAUAUAUCACUACUGAAAUUGUUGUAGUAUAUACUACAGUAAUGCUGUACAUUCAUUAAAGCACAUUUUGAAUAGGUUUAAAAUAAAUAAGCCAUACAUUUUGAGCCACACCGUAGGGGCAGUACUGCGUCAAAAUCUAGUGAGUCUGCCCCACCAGUCCCUUUUUUUUAAAAUUUAUUUUGGUAUUCUUAGAAGAGCAAGAUAAAUUUGUUAUUAAACACAAAUUUUAUGUAGCACCUUUUGCCUAUGUGAGAGAGCUUCUGCUCUUGUUGGAUGACUGGCAGUGGGUCAAUAACCUUUUUAUUGAUUGGCUUGACUUCUUGUCUUGACAAAAUACACUGAUCAGUCACAACAUUAAAGGACCACAAUAGUGCUAGGAAAAUAAAUUUGUUUUCCUCGCACUAUAGUGCCCUGAGGGUGCCCCCACCCUCAUGGCCCAUCUCCUGCUGGGCUGAAGGGGGUUAAACACUCACCUUUCUCCAGCGCCGGGCUCCCUCAGCGCUGGGGACUCUCCUCCUCCUUCCGACGUCAUCAGCUGAAUGCGUGUGCAUUCAGCCAGUCCAUAGUCCUAUGGACGCUGGCGUCUUCUCACUGAAAAUCAGUGAGAAGCGCGGAAGCGCCUCUAGCGGCCUCUCAAUGAGACAGUCACUAGAGGCUGGAUUAACCCAUAUGUAAACAUAGCAGUUAUCCUGAAACUGCUAUGUUUACAGCAGGCAGGGUUAACUCUAGAUGGACCUGGCACCCAGACCACUUCAUUGAGCUGAAGUGGUCUGGUUGCCUAUAGUGGUCCUUUAAAACCACCUGCCUAAUAUUCUGUAGGUGCAACUCUGAUGCAUGAAGGCAUGGACUCCAAAAGACCUCUGAAAGUGUCCUGAGAUAACAAGCACCAUUAGCAGCAGUUCCAUUCAGUUCUAUAAGUUGCGAAGUAGGGCUUUUUACGAUCGUAUUUGUUGUUCCAGCACAACCCACAAAUGUUCAGUUGGAUUUAGAUCUGGGGAUUUUGAGGGCAAGACAGCAGUUUGAACUGUCAUGUUCCUCAAACCAUUCCUAAACUAUUCUUGCAGUGUGGCUGAGUGCAUUAUCAUGCUGAAAGAGACCACUGACCACAGGGAACGCCAUUGCCAUGAAGGCAUUACGUGGUCUGCACCGAUCUCUAGGUAAGCGGUGCAUAUCAAAGGAACAUCCAAAUGAAUGCCAGGAACCAGGGUUUCUCAGCAGAACAUUGCCCACAGCAUAACAUUGCCUCUGCCAUGCCUUCCUGUCUUAGUGCAUCCUGCUGCUAUCUAUUAACCAGGUAAACGAUGCACCUUGCCAUCCACCUGAUCUAAAGGAAAACUUGAUUCAUCAUACCAGAUAACCUUUUUCCUUUGUUCCAUGGUACAAUUCUGAUGCUGACUUCCCCCAUUGAAGGCACUUUCCGCAGUGGAGAGGGGUCAUCAUGGCCACUCUGACCGGUCUUUGACUACACAGCACCAUAAGCGGUAAACUGUGAUACCCUGUGUGUUCUUACACCUUUCUAUUAUAGCCAGCAUUAAGUUUUUCAGCUAUUUGAGUUACAGUAGCUCUUCUGUGUGACCGGACCAUGUGAGUUACCCUUUGCUCCCCAUGUACAUCAAUGGGCACCCAUGGCCCUGAUGUCGUUCACCUGUUGUCCUUUCUGUAUACCAGGAACACCCCACAACACUUGCCAUUUUGGAGAUGCUCUGACCCAGUUGUCUAGCCAUAACUUUUUGUCCCUUGUCAAAGUCACUCAGAUCUUUUCUCUUGCCUAUUUUUCCUGCUUCCAUCAAAUGAAAUUCAAAAACUGACACUGCACUUGCUGCCUAAUACAUCCCACGCUUGACAGAUCUUAUUGUAACAAUAUAAUUAAUGUUAUUCACUUCACCUGUCAGUUUUAAUAUUUUGGUUUCCAUCGCUUUUGAAUUUUUUUUUUUUGUAGAUAAAAAAUAAGCUUAUUGCAGAGUGCAUGAUGUGGUGCAUUGUGUUUACCUUUUUUAGAUUUUUUUUUUUGUUUGUUUGUCCUUUUUGGUGUAGGAGGAGUUAAUCUUGCUGAUCUUGCACCCAUCAUAAAGGUGCAGCUCUGGCAUGUUAUCUCACAAGUCUUUGAACUUUGGGUUUGGAAUGUGCUUCAAUAAGGAAAGUGCCAGGGAACAAGUGUCUGUAUUUGGUGCUUCUGGGCCUGUGGGGGCUUGAAACGCAGCAGAGGAAUGCUAUUGUGUCUUCAAAGCUUAUUUAACACAGGCCUUUGUUGGGCAGGAUCUAUGGGGCAGAGGCUGGCUAUUAUCAGGAACACACAAAGCCCCUCCAGCCUUACCAUUCUGAUCUAAUUGGGUGGUGAUGUCUAUUCUUACUUAGGUUUCAUACACUAUAUUCAGUGUAACCUUUCAUUGCAAUCUGAUUUAAUGAGUCAUCUUCUAUGAUUUUGUCUUUUGUAGAACGCAUGCUAAUACUUGGCUAACCAAAGAAAUGGUCUCAUCCGUCUUGCAUUCUUACAGUUUAAACGUCAUAUAUUAUAUAUUGCUGUGGUUUAUAUUUAGGAAUUGUAUAUGUUGAGGCUGUAGUAAAAUGAUCAUAAAUGAAUAUUAAUGUAUUUUAAAAUUGCAUUUCUCUUUGAAAUAAGCAGGCAGCACUGCAGAGAGCUACAUGUACUUACUGUAAGCCUAAGAUAGUGAGUCAUUGCAUUGCUAACUGCAGCAGUGGCUUAGAGCCAAUACACCUUAACAUUCCAGCCUCUAUUGUCUUUCUGUGAUGGUAUUCUGGAUAACAGUAACUACUCUAUACCUCUGCCUCCCAGCUAUCCUACAGUAUGUUUUCAAGAGACAACAGUCUGUCCUUUAGCUGUCACUUUAAGGACCUCUAUGUAAAAGAAUGAUACUUAGUUUAUUUGUUGCUGAGAUUACUUUCUGUCGAGUGGUAAUAAAAUUUUGAUGUCCCUAUUGUUAGCAGUUAUAAAUAAUUUUGUGUUGUAACCUGUUUAUUCCUGGACAGGUAUAUGUUUGUUUUUUGUUGUUCCCUCUCUCCCUCCCUCCCCCUCCCCACUUUUCUCUACUGGGGUACCAGCACUAAAAGCAUAAUUGGCAUCAAAAUGGUUAAAGUUUUCUGGCACCGAUUCUGAUCUUGUUUAAACAACCUCACUUUUCCUUUUCAAAUCUCAUUCAGUGUGAAAAUGUGAAAGAUUCGGUGCUCCCCACCCUUUCUAAACAGCCUGACCUUGAAUGCUUUCCACAUUUUCUGUGACAUCUUUUGUGUCCUCAAUUUAUCUUGACUCCUCCAAACCUUGGCUGAAAACAUUCUGGUUCCUGGCCAGGGUAGACAUGGAGGAUGCAAUUAGUUCAGGGAUGUUCUAAUGAAAUUAGGGGAGCUUCUACCAGAUUAAGUCUUUAAAAGCCAGGGAGGGGGAGUUCUCAAACAGUUCUGCUUCCUCGAGGUUAAGAUAUAAACCAAGAGAGCUUCUUUGUUCCUGUAAUUGACAGGUAUAGGUAAUUAAGAUUGGCAUCUGCUACUUUAAAAAAAAAAAAGUAUAUAUAUAUAUAUAUACAUCUUUAAUUAAUUUACUCCACGUAUGUAAAAUAUGGAGCAAUAGUGUUUCAAGUAUCUACUGUAGUCAAACCCAUAGUCUCUCCACCUAUACACAUCGCAUACACAGGCUUACACCUCGUGGAUACACAUCCUUUGCAGUUACACAAACUGGCACUAUGCCUCAUCCAUGAUUCAGAUACGGUUGUAAAACAGUCAUAUGUAUUUGCAAGAAUAUAUGGAUAUAUAUAUAUUUAUUUAUAUUACAAUCACUGUAGGCUCAUAAUUGACGUAUUGUACCAGAGUCAUUCAGCAAUGGCUAUCUUGAGUUAUGCGGCAGCUUGGCAGUCAAGUUCUUAUAGAUUCUUCAAUAUGGAAGCUUAUUUGCGUUUCGGGGUGCUUGGGGGGAUUACCAAGCUUUUAUCUGUUUAUUAUAGUUUUGAAUCAUGUAGUCACGAUUGAAUGUUAAUGUUGCAGACAUUCGUCAGCAGUUGCAUGUUCGAAGAUGUGUACUUCAUCACUACUUACCCAGAGUCCCGAGAUAAAAUACUUAGUGCUGCCUUCUACAAUGAUUUGUUGUCAUGUUUUGUGGGCAGUAUUUUUCUAUGAAACUAAUGCAGUUAUUCAGAAACCUUUCUGUUCAUGAAGACAUGUAAUGUUUUGGCUGUGCUCUGGACUGUAUUAUUUGAAAAUAAAUGUAUGUGUUAUAGGCACUGCUUAUUUUGAAGCUUCACACUAACUAACUUGCUUAACAGUGACCACAGAACCCCCCUCCCCCCCCCCACGCACACACAUUCUUAUGUAUUUUGUUGAUGAUGCUGUUUAUGAGUGGAAUUGGGUAUUGAGAUCUGCAUUGAUCUCAUAACUGUGUUCGUGAUUAUCAGAUUAGGCUUGUCCCUGAAGUGAUCAGACAUUCUUUUCUGUCCUCUUAAGUGAUCCGUGAGGUAUGGGUGGGCCACACGUGAACAAAGUUCUUGCAACACCUUUCUGAAGAGUCUUGUUUGAAACCCAUAAAGGCUCUACUUUUUUUUUGUCUUGUGAUGGGGAGGUCUGGAUGUAAUGUUUCUUAUUUUCUCAAAGCAGUUUAUAUUUUCACUGUAAUCUAUUGAUCUCUAAAUCCAUGUUUCAGUAACAAAAGCAGCAAUGAUGUCAUUUGUUAGUCUAAUAAUGCAGCAGGGAAAACCCUUUUGCCUCCGUCGUGAUUUAUAUAUAUAUAUCUCUAUGUCCCACUGCCUAGUAACUUGUGAUCGAAAUGGAAGAUAAUUUAGUACAGUUAAACUGUACUGGAAUUUAGACUGUAAACAUCAUUCUGGAGUGCACAUGUUUGGCUCUGUGCACAGCCACGAUGGCUGUGAGCUGGAACCCCAAGAGGGCUUUACUUUCAAAAUGUGUCCUUAAACGUGAGGUCACGCAGCUGAUGGAAGCUCUGUGCGAUCGGAAAACGAUACGCAGUGAAAGAAGGGAGCAGAAAAGAAUUUAAUGGCCUUGGGCCACAGCUCACAGCUAUCCGAUAGCUCCCUCCGCCCCCACAAAGCUGGUGGUUUUAGCAUAAACCGAAUCGUCUGCAGAAAGAUCCUCUGCCUGCAGAGGAAAAUAUCUUUGUGAAGAGGGGAUCCCAUUGAGACUAUUUUAAAGAAGUUGCUCCCUAGAAGCAUUGCUGUUUUGGAAUGAAACUUGUGUGAUCGCUAUUAUUGUAAACAAAUUGCUGAUUAACUCCUCGUCUAACUGCACACGUUUCCGAAGAUUAUAAUUUGUGUGUAUGUGGAAUGAACAAAUAAAACACAUUUGCUAUGCACACACUAGUCCAAUGGUGGUUAACUAUAUUUGUCAUUUGAAGCACCAUGGGAAAUGUAGUUUGGGUAGCCAUAGGUGAGUAAAAGUAACAUUGUGGAGGCUAUUUAUACCUCAUAUCUACAUAUUAGGGAUCGACCGAUAUUGAUAUUUUUUUUUUUAGAGCCAAUACCGAUAAUGUGUGAAUUUUCAGGCCGAUCGCCGAUAACUUACAGAUAUCAAUAUUCUGUACAUUUACCAUUUUGAAAAAAUAAACAAUUUCUACACAAAUCUACUGUUGACUGAACAUGUUUAUUUUUUAAAUUUUUUGGGGGGGGGUAAAUGCACAAAAUAAUAUACAUGCCAGUCAGAUUUUUGUUUUUGUUUUCAAGAAUAAAUGUGUGUAGUGGAUGCAGUGGGAGUAUUUGAUCAAUGCAGUGUGUGUGUGUAUAGUGAAUGCAGAGUGGUUGUGCUGUGUGUGUGUGUGGUGGAUGCAGUGUGUGUUUGUGUAGUUUAUUUAUUUUUUAAAUAAUUAACAUUGUUUUGGUCCCCCCUCCCUGUAUCUUACCUGGCCAGGGAGGGGGUUAUGGCAUUCCCUGGUGGUCCGGUGACAUGGACUCUGCAGAGGGGGCCCAGCAACACUCUUACUUCCCUUCCCAGCAGCUCCCCUGUCUAACUCUCACGGCCUGUGUGGGAAGGGAAGUAAGAGAGUGCUGCGGGCCCCCCAGGACCGCCAGGCCCAUGACAACCAUCUCGGUUGUCAUGCCCUGAUGGCGGCCCUGGUCUGCAUUACCGGCAAUACCAGUAUCUUGAUAGGCAGAUACCGAUAUUGCUGAAAAUUCAUAAUAUUGGCCAGACCGAUAAUCGACUGAUCCCUACUAAAUAUACAAACUGUUGAAGUAAGCUUUAGAGAAAGGUGCUGAAAACUGCAUGAAUUUGUAUUUCUUUAUGUAUAUAGGUGAUAUGUAUGUUAGCAUUUUAACUUUUUUUUUUUUUUUUAGUGUUUUUCUUUUUUACCAUUGUGCUGCGAUUUUCCACAAUUAGCAUAAUGAAAUGUGCAGUUAUAUCUGUCUACGAAUCAGUAGGAAGAAGAUGGUUUUAUAACCAUAUAUAAUGGGAUUUCAGUAUGUUAGCUUGCAUGCAUUUUCCUCCGCAUCUGUAAAUGUUUCCACUUUGCAAUUUGACUAGCAGUGGUUUUUGUUGGAAUUUCAGUGACUUCUAAAGUUUAAGAUAGCUGCAUAAAAUACACACCUAUUUAUCUUUUCCAGAUUUAAAUAGUCAUUGUUGAUGGAGACCCAAAGCUGCAGGUAUCUGAUUGUAACCUUUCUGUAGGUAGAUGGAGUUAGUAUUAAAGGAUCACUAUAGUGUCAGGAAAACAAAGCGGAGUCUCGUGGCGCUGAAGGGGUUAAAACCCAUUUAGCAGCUUACCUUUAUCCAGCGCAGGGCUCCUUCGGCACGGUUGAGCUCUCCUCCCCCGCUGACGUCAGCUCCUGAGUGGAGCGGAAUGCGCAUGCACGGCAAUUUCUCAAUGCUUUCCAUUGGACGAUCUGCACGCUGGAUGCAAACUUCGCAUCCAGCGUCGCAGAUGCGCCUCUAGCGGCUGUCAGGAAGACAGCCACUAGAGGUUGGAUUAACUCUGCUAUGUAAAAAUAGCAGUUUCUCUGAAACUGCUAUGUUUACAUGUGAAGGGUUAAAACCUGAGGGACCUGGCAUCCAGACAACUUCAUGGAGCUAAAGUGGUCUGGGUGACUAUCGUGUCUCUUUAACAUUAAAUUCAUCCUUCUUCCUGAAAUUGCAGCUGUUUUAAGGUAUAAUCAGGGCUUAAAAUUUGAAGUCCUAUGCUGCUAGCCAGGCCUUAAAUUAGUUACCACUACAAGCAUAUACGCCAGGUUAAAUUUUAUACUUGCCAGGGCUAAAUGUUUACUCGCUCGUGGAAAUUUAGAACCUGGUAUAAUGAUUAGAACUUGCUCAUCCAAGAAAACUGGUAAAGCAAUGUUACAAAAAAUAGUGACAUAAGUAAUGCAUGAAAUAUCAACCAUAAAAAUCCCUGGGACACAAGUCCAAAAAUAUCCGUAUACAACCCAUUCUUAAAGGAACAUUAUAAUGUUAGGAAUAUAAACAUGUAUUCCGAAGACCAUAGCUUAUGUCCUUGGCUCCACCAGAAUGGAGUUAAAUGGUGUGUUUUUGUUUAAUUUUUUUUUUUACUUCCCUUUUCUUUGAUAGCUCCGCCUCCAUGGCUGAGAUCCUCAAUCUUGACGCUCUUAGCCAAUCCAAUGCUUUCAAAUAGGAAAGCAUUGGGAGGCUAUUGCACAUGCGCACAAAAAUGCCAUGUUGCACCAAUCAUCUCCUCAUAGAGAUGCAUUUAAUCAAUGCUUCUCUAUAGGGAGCUUUCAGCAUCUCCAUCCUGAGUGUGGAGAUGCUAAACACCAGUGCUGCUCACAGUGCAGCACUGCAAUAGGAAGCACUUCUAGUGGCCGUCUGUGUGACUGUACCUAGAGGUUUUACCUGGCAGCAAUGUAAAAGAGUUUUCAUUGCUCAGCCUGCAGGGACAUAUUAUAGACACCAGAGCCACUACAUUAAGCUGUAGUGCUUCUGGGGACUAUAGUGUCUUAAAGCUUGCUUAAAUAGGAAAAGUAUAUUUAUAAAGGAUUUUUUCUUGUCACAAAAAUGUGCCACAAAAAAAUUGUUUAACAGUGUUGAGAUGUAUAAUACAGAUUUUUAAACAAUUUUUAUUAAUUUUUAUAAACUUUAGCUAUGCAGUUGCUUGUAGGUUGUUCACCACGGGUAUGUGACGCGUGGCAUAUACCAUGCUGUUGUGCGGUUUUGCUUGUAAUGUUUUUGGCACGGUCUCAUGGUCUAUUCUUCCCAGGGAAAAAAAGCUUUCAAAGCACUGCAUACUUCUAAAGACUGUAAAACCACAAGAUGAUAUAAAAGGAAAGCACUGAGAAAAUGCAGAAUUUACAAUGAAAAGAAACUAAAAAUAGGACGAACUGGAGCAAAAUAAAAUUGUUGGGAACUCAAUGUAACAGACCCCAGCAUUUGGAUGAAACUAUUCACUUUAGUUUAUGUACUAAAAAGCGCUCUUGUUAAGGUUUUUCCCUAGAUUUUUUAGCACAAUGGUUAAUGGGGUGGACCUAGACUGCUAGAUUCACAGUGCUGUUUAUUUCACCAUACUGUAGGUUGGUACAUACAAAGUGCUGCCCUUCAGUAUGUAGAAAUCAAAUUCCGCAAAUUCAUUGCUUGGUUAAUUAAUGAAAUUCUGCAUAUACUAUAAGGAAGCAAAACCAUGUCUUCAGGAAAAUAUUGUAGAUCUGGCAUCCUAAAAUGUUCCCAGUGCACACCAUUCUACAGGCUUUAUGUUCAGAUUCAAACCACAUAUACAUCCCAUGAACUAUACAGAGUAUGUGUUACAUUGGUUAUCAAACUGACUUUGUAUUUUCCUGGCAGGAUGUUUUUGUUUGUAUUUUCUGUAUGCCCUGGGAAAAGUAGGUGUCAUUGCCCAAAUCAGUGAUACUUAUUUCAUUGACAUGUUCUUGUACCUCCAUGUCCCUCUUGUCUACAUCUAGAUUUGUGUGAACGUUGAAUGUCUACAGGUGUAAUGAAUAUAAACUAGUAUAACCUAUAAUAUCUUGAAUUGUUCCAAUCGGUUUCAUACUAUAGCUGUUUCUAAUUAUUUGAUGUGUGUGUGUGUGUGUGUGUAUGUGUAUAUAUGUAUGUAUAUAUAUAUAGGUAUAUAAUAUAUUUUUUAUUUUUAUUUAUUUUUUUAGUUAUUCUAAACUGUGUAUUAUUGCAUAAAUCUUUCAGAAUCUAAAAAUGUUACGAAACAAUUACUUUGAGGUAUGGGAAGCUGCUCUAAAUCCCAUAAUCUGCUUUAUCUCCAUGAACUCCCAAAACUGGGUUGCAAUCAGUUUUUUUGCCAAAGCAUGACUGUUAUUUGAAAUGCUACAAUGUAUUUACGCAUGAAGCAGUGUAGAUAAGGACACUUUAAAAGCACAACCAAAGCUGUGCAUUCAAAUGUAUCCAACAGCGUGUGAACUAAAAGCUUUCAAGUGACCACUCACAUCUUUCCGACUCCUCAAAUCUGACAUUGUGCAGGGAGCUGACCUUGUAUCAUAUACAGUGUCUUUACGUAAUAAAAUAUUACAUAUAAAAGCGGUUUACUCAGUGGCGCCUUAAUGGAAGACCGAUUGAUGUUUGUGUAUGCAUUUAAUAUACAUGUGUUUUGGAUUACUAUUAACUCUCACAUUUCUUAGUUCAAUAUGUAUGAUCCUAUAACUGCAUGCAAUUUUGAUACUAUGGAUACAUAGGAAUACUAUGGUGCCAGGGAUACAAAGCUGUAUCCUGGCACUAUGGCUCUCUCUGCCUCCACCCUCCAUUGCGUUCUCACCCCCCUCCAAGGUGAAUAAAGGGAUAAACAUUUACUUACCUGAUCCCUCGGCGCUAGGUUGCGGCCCCACCUCCUCUGAUGUUCCACGACGAGUAUGCGCUAAUGCACAUGUGUGGUGAGCGCCGCGCGCAUUAGGCCUCCCUAUAGGAAGCAUUGAAUCAAAGCUUUCCUAUGGGGAAUUUGCUGAUGCCAGGUGUCCUUAUGCAGAGCGAGGAUGUCUAGUGUCAGUUGCCAGACAAAAAGUCAGUUAACAACCAUGAAGUGCCUCUGACAGCUAGACAGUCAUUGGAGAAAGACUUGGUGCUGAAAUGUAAACAUUGCAGUUUCACUAGGAACUGAAAUGUGUUACAUUGUAGCACUGAGUGCAAUUGGGACACUGUACCCAAACCAACUUCAAUUAGGUGAAGUGGUCUGGAUGCCUGUAGUGUCCCUUUAAGCGGCAUUUAAAUACAGAUCACUAAAAGUAUUGGAUUUAACAGACUGAAGUAAUGCAAGGCAAGGAAAGAACUGAGCAAAUCUUGGGUAGGUGGAGUAGGAGCAGGUAAGGAUCACACUUUCUUGUAGUAUUAUUUUGCACUGGAAACUGCAGCAAAGUGUUUGUAUUUAUAACAGCAAGAUACAUCCAUGUCAGGUUACUGUGUGUGUGUAUGUGUAUAUCUAUCUAUCUAUAUAUAUAUAUAUAUAUAUAUAUAUAUAUAUAUAUAUAUAUAUAUCUAUAUAUAUAUAUAUCCAAUAGACCUAUUAACUACUCCUAUAUAUAAGAAACACGUCGUGUAGAAAUCUGUUUUACUUUUUUAUAUAUAUAUAUAUAUAUAUAUAUAUAUAUAUAUAUAUAUAUAUAUAUAUAAUUCUGUGCUAUUUAUGGAAUAACCUAUCACUUAAUCGUGGGUUUGACCAAGAGGUUAUUCUUGAUUUUGAGUGCUUGGGGGAGGGAUGCUUUGGCUUUUAACCAAACAAUAAUUUGAUAAAAGAAUCAUCAUUGUUUAAGGCAAUCUAAAGAUUGAAAUAGUCAACUCCUUUUCCAUGCUUGACUACUGUGACUUAAGAUGUUUGUUAUAAUUCCUUUUUAGCGAACAAAGUCCAUUGUGUUACUGCUCUUAAAGUGUUACAAUAAGCCCAAUAUUAAAGGGACACCGAUAAUCACCAAAACAACUUUAGCCUAAUAAAGCAUUUUGGUAUAUAGAUAAUGAAUCUGCAGUCUCGCUACUCAAUUCUCUGCCAUUUAGGAGUUAAAUCACAUUUAUGUAGCCCUAGUUACACCUCCCUGCAUGUAACAUGCACAGUCUUCCUAAACACUUACUGUAAAGUGAGGUCUAAUGUUUAUACUUCGUUUUAUUGAAGUCUGUUUAAUUUAGAAUUUCUUACCUCCUGCAUUAAUAGGUUGCUAGACUUAGCAGGAGCCUCCUGUGUGUGAUUACAGUUCAAUUUACUGAGCAGGAGAUAAAAACAACUCAAGUAAGUUAACUGAAACCGUGACUUUUGAAAAUGUUUUGAUGGAAUAAAAAAAUCAUAUUGUUUUAUAAGCCUCACAGUGCUGGAUAUCGCAAACCAUCUACAUUAAGUGUUUAUUUAAGUGGGGAUAAUAGGAGUUGGCGUGCAGGACACAUACAUGUCUGUAUAUAUACGUGUUAAAAAUGUGUGUGUGCCUGCGCGCACACACACUGAAAAAAUUGGGACACUAGGCACAGGGCUUUUGAAAAAAUGUGCUCCAUGAAAUGAUAUUGAGGUUACAUCAAAAGAAAUCGAUAUUUCAGCCCCACCUGGGCCUGUAUCUUUGCUGUUUACUUGUCCGUCUGUCUGUCUGUGUGUGUAUAUAUGUAAAAAUAUGAUCUAAAAUAUGGUCUUCAGCAAACAGAUGGAAAUUUCCUUCUGUAUGUGUCUGUCUCUAGUGUCUCUUUCAGUGCAGUGGUGCAUAUAGGAAAUAAAUAUCUGCAUAAAGAGCAGAUUGUCUGGAUUUAAAUGCCAAUUCAGCUUGUAAGUCUUGCUCCAGACUUGUGAAAAUGAGGCAGGCAUCCUUAUAACAUGUCUGCUGUUACACAGUCCAAAAGGAAAAUACAGAGUUUAGAAUUAACUGUGUAUGACUCUUUACUCACCAAAACUACUUCAUAUUAAUUGUGUGUUUUGGUGCAUAGAUCCUGUACAUUUUCUCUGGCAGUGUAAAACAUUGCUGUUUUAAAGAAACUGCAGUGUUUACACUUGCUAGAGGACACACCACUAGUGAUGGUCAGACGGGCAGUUACUAGAAGUGCUAUUGCAUAAAGACCUUUGAAAAGUGAAGGAUCUGAAGAAUAGUAUGGGGGAUAUUUACCAAUAUGCAAUUGUCAACAAUAUCAUUAUACUUAUUUAAUAAUUUUGACAGGGGGAAAAUUAAGGUUCUGCUCAAACAAGCUUUCAAUCUAGUUGAUAAUGUUCUUGUAUAUCUUGCCCUGCAGGAAAUCAUGUCUACAGAAAAGUAAAAAUACUUUACUGAAACUAGAGUUUCUGGCACCUCGUGAAUUCUUACCCCCGUACAUUUGAAACCAGACACCCAUCAUCCACAACCUUGUUCACUCCUCUGAAAUGCAGAGUUGUGAUAUUACCAAACCUCUUGUGAGUAGAAACGUUGGUAAUUAAUUGCAAAUUUCUUUACACAUGCAAGUGGGAUUUGAUGGGAGUUAACCAGAAAAAUAAAUCAAUAAACUGAUGUAUUUUGUUAAAGUGCCCUACAUUUUUAAAUCACACUUUUAGCUAUGAGAGGCUGCAUCAUUCAUCCAGCGUGACUGCAGCUCUGUAGAGAAAUGAGCGAUUGAAGAAUGUAAUCUCCCUCAGUGAAGAGUGCUUAACACGUGCCUGCUUGACCAUGUGAUUCAUCCAUUCAUGAUCCGUUUAAGAAUUAAUGAGAACACCACAACGUCCGGAAAUGGCUGAUGUGUGGCAAAGCCUCAGAAUAUGAUUCUGAUACAUCUGCUAAUUGGUGUUAAUGCAUUGGUGCAUAUUUCCGCUGCCAUGGCUUUUCAAGUAUGAUGGCUUAAUGUGUUGCAAACCUAAUAUUGUAUUAUACCUUUUACUUUUUUUGAUGAUUGGUAAAGCCAAGCAAGAUUUAUUUUUUUAAUCAUCCAUGCCCCAUAUUUUGCAGUAUUUAUUGUUCGAAAAUAUAGGCUGGUAGAUAUUUAAAGGGUCAUUUGUUUGAUAUGAACAGAAUUAAACCUGUAAAUAUUUCUUUUAAUUUCACCAUAUGAGUACCGAAGGCUCCCUAUUCCUGCUGUAGAAGAUGAUGUUAUGGAAAUUACCUGCAUCUACUGGUAUAACUAGGAGAUGUUAAUUGUUUUUUUAUUUUUUUCCAAUUCAGCCCUCCCUUCUUUCACCAUCCCUAUGAGUGGUUUAAAAAUAAGGCAAACUGACCUGCAUAUGUUUGAGGCUGGUGUGGAUGUCGUGUUCCAUCAACUGGCAGAAUUCCAAAAGCUGAGUUCUUUCGAAAAAGCCGUUAACAAACUAGGCAAAUGAUAGGCGUUCUCCACACGCGCGCACACACACAAACACCUCCAGCUUUACUUUGUACGUAACUUUAUCCCAAGAGCCCUUCAACUCCUUUCAAAGUCAAAGCUGGAAUGGAGCCCUCUUGUGAUGUCCAAGUUCUAAACCAAGUUAUAAUGACUUCCUCCAGUGCUUAUUUAUGGAUUUAUCCUCUAGGGUAGGAAUUGAGGUACUAAUUCAAAACCGAUUCCUAUUUUCUUUGCUCCUUGAAGAAGAGCAUGACAUUGCAUAGUACAUGUUCAGUAUUUUGUAAGUACGAACACCAUUUUGUUAAACAAAUCAAACUCCUGAUGGGGGGGAGGGUUAUUACAGGGAAGUGUAAUGCAUUAUUUCUAGAUAAGAAUGAGGAAGGGUUUCUGAGGAAAGCCAUUUUAUGCCCCAGACCCUCCCUUGUGUUGUGCUACACUAGAAUUGCUCUCAUGCUGAAGUACAUACCUGUAAUUCCAUUUCCACUGCUCAACGUGCUGUAAAGUACAAAUGUAAUUUUCAGAAUUGUGUGCAUUUUGCUGUGAAUAUGCAGAUCUAAGGGAUACUUCAAGCACUAUGACCACUUAAGUGAUUUGAUGUAGCCCUGGAGUCUGUAAGUACAGUGCUUUUUAAACACUGUCAACAGAAGGGUUAAUGUUUAUAUAUGUCUAUAUGUGCUGUGUUACAAUUCCACCUUGGGUGGCAUCACUGGGUGGAAUACCUUUCGGAAUUGCAUAUUUACGCAAAGAUCCCAGGCGGUGACAGAGCCACUUUAAUUUUUUACAUCUUUGGUGCUGUUGCUGCAUUAAGGCCAUCACCUCAGUGACCACAGACUGUACUUUGCUGAGGUCAUCAAACAUGAUCUACUUAAAGUAACACCUGAGUUGAGGAGGAAGCCUUGGCUGUAUGUUAAUAAAGAUUGUGAUAAAUUCUCUUUAGCCAUCAUCAGCAGAGAGAAAGAACUGUUCUUCUGUUCACAAUCUAUCAUUUGGAAAUUAUACUGUUUUUAUGUGGUGUUUGUCAAUUGGGGAAACAAAUCGAAACUGAAUUUCAGUUCUUGCAGUGGCUUUUUUUCUCUCAAAUAGUUCAAACAGACCUAAAGGUUAGUAAUUUGCCAUAUUUACAAGCAUUGCAUUUGAAAUUAACUUAAAGGACCACUCUAGGCACCCAGACCACUUCAGCUUAAUGAAGUGGUCUGGGUGCCAGGUCCAGCUAGGGUUAACCCAUUUUUUUUUUAUAAACAUAGCAGUUUCAGAGAAACUGCUAUGUUUGUGAAUGGGUUAAGCCUUCCCCUAUUUCCUCUAGUGGCUGUCUCAUUGAUUUUCACAGUGAGAGCACGCCAGCGUCCAUAGGAAAGCAUUAUGAAUGCUUUCCUAUGUGACCGGCUGAAUGCACGCGCAGCUCUUGCCGCGCGUGCGCAUUCAGCCGCAUGGGAGGAGAAGAGGAGGAUCGGAGGAGGAGAGCUCCCCGCCCAGCGCUGGAAAAAGGUAAGUUUUAACCCCUUUCCCCUUUCCAGAGCCGGGCGGGAGGGGACCCUGAGGGUGGGAGCACCCUCAGGGCACUAUAGUGCCAGGAAAACGAGUAUGUUUUCCUGGCACUAUAGUGGUCCUUUAAUAUUCGAUGUUGAUACAUCAAAUGCUGAUUACGUUUAAACAUUGUUUUGCCAAACUUACAAAAAAUUGUUGUACCUCACCUCCUGGACAAAGCAUUGAUACCGAUGUUUUAGAAGCAGCUGCAUCACCACCCCUAUCUUUGUGAGUGGUGCUGGUUGAGGAGGCUAGACUGUUGGAGUCAGAGUGCUGACAUCCCUAAGAGACAGAAGGCCUCUUAACUAGGCAUACCCGACAGCUAGCAAGGUUAAAGGAGUGGAGUAGAUUCACCCAUGAGAUGCUAGUGUGGGUACGCCUUCCCCAUAUCACUCUGCCCUGUUUCCCCCUCUCUUCUCUUCUUUCUCUCUCCUUUCAUCCUCUAACACACAACACUUUUUUUUUUUUUUUUUAAACUCUCUCCUUACUCUUCUUUCCUUCUUCAGUUUUUUGGAGCAGAGUCUUAGACUCUAAACACCCUUUCUACCUAUGAGAUAUUACGAGUUUUGAUAUCUUUGGGUAAAUGUAGGCAGUGGUGGUAGGAAUAGACAGAAGUAUUUUUUAUAUAUAUAUAUAUAUAUAUAUAUAUAUAUAUAUAUAUAUAUAUAUAUAUAUAUAUGAGGAGCAGUGUUUAUCUACCACGCUGAUCAAGUUUCUCCACAUUAUAUUGGGACAAUACGUUUCCUCUUUCAUGUCUUACAACUGUAUCUCGAUUUUUUUAAUUUAUUUUUUUCUUUGUAUAUUCUGGUUUGUUCUUACAUCAAUAAACCUUUUUAUUGAACUAAACUUUUUGUCUUAAAAAUGCAAUGGCUGUACUGAGCAUCUAUGCUAUUGUUCUGAGUGUGUAAAACAAUAUUCAAGGGUUGAGUACACCUUCCCUUGGUAUAUUUUCCAUACAGUUUUUUGUAUAUUCUUUGCAUCUGCUGCACGUGAGCUACAUUGUUAGUUCUAUUUUAUAUGGCUAGAUUUAACUUUUUACAAAUUGAUGAAUUAAAUACAAGUAACGUCCUCUAAUGACCCCAUGUAUACGGUUUGUAAAUCCAGUAUCAUUUUCUAAACUUUCAUUUGACAUAGAACAUUGCUUGACUCCUAUCCAUCCACGUUGCAGAUCCAACAUAAAACCUGUGUGCUAAGGAUCCAUAAAGGCAUUAGCCACCAUAAAAUACUUCUCCGGUCAUUUCUCUUUACAAAUUGUGUUCAAUGAAACACAACUGUUUUCUUUGUGUAGAAUGCUUGUUAAAGAAGGCGAAAUAAGACACAGUUGAAAAUUGAUGACACAUAUUGGUAUUUAACAUCUAUCUUUCUAAAUAACCAUGCCGGCUCAACAAGCAAGAGCCGGAUCUUCCCUGCUUAAGAAGUAAAACAUGAUUUAUUCACGUGCAGAACAAGAGAAUUUUUUUUGACCUUAAGAGUCUUGUGUCCUGAGGAACAUGUGCUGGUUCAAUGUCACUAUGACCUGUUUUAAAAUGCAUUAUCAUUCUGCGUCUUUUGACAGGUUUAAGAAAUUUGUGGAUUCUUUUCACUUUUUAUUGGGCUUGUUUUGCAUGUAUUAAAGUGUAACAUAACAUGGAACAGGAAGAACAUAAUAUGUGUAACUUCGAGUUAUACAAGAACACUGAAGUAUCUAUUUGUUUCUGCAUGUAUGUAUGUAUAUAUUUCUGCAUACAGAUGUUACUCAGUAAAUAUACAUUUGUACAAUUCUCUGAGUAAACAAAAUAAUUCAUUGGAUUGUGUUAUAAAUGUCCAGCACAAACAAGUGUUUCCAUGUGCAUUUAAUCUGUAUUUAUUCACUCUGAAUUUGCCAAGCGACAUCUUCUAAAAUUCUCAUGAUCUCACAUACACUGGUGACUUGAGAAAUGUGUAGAUCAUAGGCGUGCGCACGGGGUGUGCCGGGUGUGCCUGGGCACACCCUAAUCCCCGCGGCACGCCUAUGCAUAUUGAGACCGGCAGGGGAGAUCUCAGGAUCUCCCCUGUCGGCUCAUGCAGAGCCGGCGCUAUCCGAGCGCCGGCUCUGCCCUCAGCCUCCCUCCCCACUGACCCACAUGCAGGGAGGGAGGCAGGAGAGGACCCGGCGGAGCUAUUGCCGGCAGCUCCGCCGAGUUCCUCUCGCGAUAUAUGAGCGUUGCCACGGCAACGCUCAUCUCGCGAGAGUGAACUCUUGUCCCACAGGGGUUAGAGUUCACUCUCCACUGGACCACCAGGGAAGGAAUCAGCAGCACGAUCCCCCCUCCCUAUAAAAGGUAAGAAGGGAGGGGGGAUAGCUAGUUAUGUACCCCCAUCUCCACCCCCCACAUACAGCACCCACAGACAUACACAGCACCCACAGACAUUCAGCACCCACACACAUACACAGCACCAACACACACAGCACACUACCAGUACCCUCACACACAGUACAUUAACAGCACACAAACAGCACCCUCACACACAGUACAUUAAGAGCAUCCUCACAAGCACGCACACACAAACACCCUCACCCACAUAGCACACUACCAGCAUCGUCACACACACAUCACACUAACAGCACCCUCACACAGCACACACACACACACACAUAUAUAUAUAUAUAUAUAUAUAUAUAUAUAUAUAUAUAUAUAUAUAUAUAUGCGGCGUGUGCUUGUGCUUUAGGGUGCACACCCUAAUGCAGUAGGCUGCGCACGCCUAUGGUGUAGAUGCAGGUAAUUUCCAUAACUCUCUUCUUGGUAUGCAAAACAUAUAACCAAUUGAUUUAAAACCUUCCCGUCAGUUUAUUUAAUGUGUGCACGUAGAAAUUUAAAUGUUUUAUCGAAGGUACAUAAGUGCAGUGAAAUAUUUUGCAAAUGAUACACUAUCUAAUGUAAUGUACAAAAGCUCUACAGAAUGUUUACACUAUGUAAUAAGGUAGCAUAUAGUGAAAGAUGAAAACUGAUUGGUACUCAUUUCACAGCCUUUUGUAUUUUGUGCUUCAAAAAUUAGGGGUGAAGAAUUGUGAGCAUUUGCGGGCUAAGAGAUCUUUCCUUUUUUUUUUUAAAUAAAAUUUCUGAAUAUUGGUCUAUAACAUAUAGGGUAGCCUACAGUAAAAGAUCCAACAUGUAUUAAUAACAAUAUCCAUUUUAGUAACAUAUAUGAUUGCAAAAUUUUGAAAUAAUGAAAUAAAUAUUCUAAAGAGAACAUCUUGCUACUGGAUUCUUAAAAAGGAAAUAAAGCAUAACGCAUGCAUUGGUUGCAGAUUGGUAAUCACUUCCUGACAAAGUUUAUAUGAAAAUAAAAAGAUCAGAAAAUUACAUCUGCCUUAAAGGACCACUAUAGUGCCAGGAAAACAUACUCGUUUUCCUGGCACUAUAGUGCCCUGAGGAUGCCUCCACCCUCAGGGACCCCUUCCCACCGGGCUCUGGGGGGAUGGAAGGGGUUAAACUUACCUCUUUCUCCAGCACUGGGCGGGGAGCUCUUCUCCUCCUUGUCGGCUGAAUGCGCAUGCGCGGCAGGAGCCGCUCGCACAUUCAGCCAGUCCAUAGGAAAGCAUUCACAAUGCUUUCCUAUGGACGCUGGCGUCUUUUCACUGUGAUUUUCACAGUGAGAAACACAGAAGCGCCGCUAGCGGCUGUCAAUGAGGCUGGAUUAACCCUAAUAUAAACAUAGCAGUUUCUCUGAAACUGCUAUGUUUAUUAAAAAAGGGUUAACCCUAGCUGGACCUGGCACCCAGACCACUUAAUUACGCUGAAGUGGUCUGGGUGCCUAUAGUGGUCCUUUAAUCAGGAGGGUAGCUCAGGUUUGUGGUGACUGAUUUGGGUCCUAAAUGUGGAAGGUGAAAAUACCCUACAGUUGAGCUUCUUUGGAAAUGCUUGGUCUGAUGUCUUCAAGAAUGUCAGGUGACUUCUAGACGCAUAUAUUCUGUUAUUGCAAGUGAUAAAUCAGCAAAAAGAAAGGUUUUAAGUUUUUCUUGCAUUGCUAUCAUGAGGUGCGACUGAUCAGCAUGGUGGUCAGCCCUGCCCCUCCUCAAUUUCCUUUUAAACAUGCAACAUGCAUUUUUGUAGUCAUUUUGUAACGUAAGCAGGUGUUUUUUUUUUUUUUGGUUUUUUUUUAAUGCUUGUUUUAUCAGCAAAGAUAGACCUACAAUUUCUUCCUAAUAUAAAGCCACUUAAAAUCUGUGAGUGAGAAUAUACGGGUUUUUUUUUUCUUGUAUUCCUCAAAACUGUAGUAGUUUGGAUGCAUUCUUAAACCCUUUUAAGAAAUGUGCAAAAUCUCUCUCUCGUGCUUACUGUUGUGUAUCUCUCACAAUUUUCUCUGCUCUCAAGCCUCCACCCUUCCUACCCUUCUGCACAGAUUAUAAUAUGUAAUGGCCAAUCCUGCCUCCUGGUAAUUUAUUGCAUUUAUAUUUAUUACAAAUCCUGGCAUCGUACUGUUGGUAAUUCUAAUGUGUAGUUAGGUAAAUUGCUUAAUGGCAGGAAAAAAGAGCACUGGUAUGGAAGCAGAAUGAAAGAAAAUCAAAGUAAACGCUAAUCUGCAUUUGGAAACUGUACCAUUCUUGUUUAGUGUUGUUUGUACUGCAUCCAUCAGUCUUAACAUUCCUCUGAGGGUUUUCCCUUCCAUUUGCUGGCUCUGAAGAUGAUGCUGCUUGCUACAAAGCUUUGGUGCUGAGGCAUCACUUCUAUAUAUAGACUGUAUGCCUCUAGUUUCAACUGGCAACGGAGCUUUCAUUUGAACAGGCUGUGUGUGGUUAGCUCCAAGCUUUGCAGAUCUCUCUGUAUCUACUUUCCAGUAUGUUGUGAUGAGUGGAUAUAGGAAGCUUUACAUGCAUUCUAGGCAGUUUGAAAAGAGAAAAAAGGCACACAAAAAACAUGUUAACUUUAAAAAAAAAUAAAAAUGAAAAAGCUUGGUGCUUACAUGCAUUGUCAAUUAUUGUACUCCGAAAGCCUUACAUAGGACAUAUUGCUGACUUUUGUUGAGCACCUUAAAAUAGGCAUGUCAACGAAAGGCAAUAUACAUUUUGUGGCCAAAUAGAAUAUGGAUUUGGAAGCAUUUUUGACCAUUCAGGUAUCUUACUCAAGUUACUUAAAUGCAACUGAAACUUCCACCUCUUAUUUAAAUUCAUACAGUUGUUUGUUUUUUUAUGAUGGGCAGCAGGAGAAAAGGAACUUUCAUAAAUAUGUGAUCUCGAUGUUUAGGUCAAUCUCUAGUAGUGCCAAAUGUCAUUAAAGGCAUCUAGUGAAAGCCAGUCUGUACAGCUUACUCAUGAGACUUCAUGCCAUUAUUAAAGUUCAAUAUGCCAUACACUUGUAAAUCUCUGUUGUAUGUUUAAAGACAGCUAGGACAGACUGUAGAUUUUAUUUUACAUAUUUAUUAAAAAGGGACUCCCUUAAGCACCCAGACCACUUCAUCUCUUAAUUAAGUGGUCUUGGUGCCAUGUUCCUGCGUUUCGCUCCAGCAGUGUAACAUAUUGCCAUUUUGGAGAUGUGGCAAUGUUUACAUUGUGGGGCUAAACACUCCUUUAAUCUAUAGUCCUAUUAAUCACUUCUAUUUGAGAUGCGCAAGCUGACUUUUUUUUGUUUUUGUUUUUUAGUAGUUCCUUGGCCUGCUGGGAGACAUAAUUACCUUGUACAGUUAACAAAUAUGUAGAGAAUUUGCACAAUAACCCACCCCUCAUUGCCUGAAGCAUGUCUUAACAUAUAACCAGAACUUUAGAUACAGCCCCCAAGUUCAAAGAUUAUUUUUCAGAUGCUUAUUAGCGCUAAAGUUGUCUUUCGGAAGUAUCUUAUUGUUUUAGUGCAAUCGCACUAUAAACUCACUAAUUGUUUCAUUAUUCCUAAAGCGUGACGUACAGGGACUGCAUAAUAUCGAAAUGUCAGAAUGGCACUUUGAGUCUGCUACAUCACAGCACAAUAAAGGAAGCAGUAUGACAAUGACUGAUGACUUUUUAGAGAUAUGAGUUGACCCCAUCUAUAAAGCACUUACAGAAUUCAUGGGAGGUUGCAAGUUAUUUUCCAUAUGAAAAUGCACAGUGCUUGAUGAUAAAGUCUGAAAUGUGAGUAAUUGUAAUUAAAGUGAAUUAUCUUUUUGCACAAUUCACCUUCUGUCACUGAAUUGGUGACACGCUUUGAGAGCACGUCAGUCCAAUAUUAGAUGUUGCACCGAUGUGUAAUACAUCAGUCUGAGAUGACUAUUCUCCCAGUGCCUUGGUCAUUGCCCUCUUUAUGAGGAUGAAAUAUGAAUUUCCUGUGAGCAAUUAAAGCUGAAUUGUUGCCUGUCAGUGUUCUCCGUUUAUCUUGCUACUGAUGUCUUUAAACCAGUGUUUUGCAGCGAGCACCUGUAUUGUUUCAGUGGCUGGUGGUUACAAAACAUUUGAUUUAAUUUGAUAAAUGCAUUUUGAAAGCCGUUGAGAAUUUUAAACUUUAAAGAAACACAGACGUUGAAAAUAAAUGUUAUAUUUACUUUUGGUUAAAACUUGUUUAAAAUAAAAAAGUUGUGGGAAGCAGCCUGUAAUCCAAUGCCAAGUCGCACUACUGCUGCAACCCAAUCAGCCCCUAGUGAGAUCAAUUCUGGUCGUCUCUGGUUAAGUCCAUUAACAUUUUCUGUUAGAAACUUUGUGGACCUUAUGCCACAUGCAUGACAAUUGCUGUACUUGACCAAUCUGCUAUUAACUGAAUGUUGACGCUAAACGUGAAGAUGAUUAAAGUAAAUCCAAGGUCCUUUAGAUUGAAUGCAUCAUUGACCCCCAUUUGAGGUGUUUUUCAGCCAAACUUAAAUCUUAUAGUGACUCAGAAAUUACAGGUUUUCACAUUGUCUGAGAAAAGACAGUUUCUUUGUACCAAAACAGCUUUAUUAGUGGUUUUAAGGUCAUUGGGGUUAUUUUGGUGCUUAAACAAUUUUCACCAUUCAAAAUAAAACUAAUCCUUAUUUAAGGGUUACUCUGAGCACCACCACCACUUUACUGUUUUGAACUGGUCAUGGUGUCUAGAGUCUGCAUGUGGAGCAUUGCAAACUAGAGUUCCAGGUUCAGGAUUGUAUAUUACUUAAAUUCCCAUCCCUUCCCUGUUUAGUACAACAACUUGCACAGCUCACUGUUGGUGUGAAGAGCAAACCCCACCAAAGGAAAGAGAAGUUGGGAGGGUAUGUAUCAUUUCAUGUUUACAGGUAGCAAUCUCCUUUGCCAGACAUCUUUGUUUACUGUAUGGUUCAUUAAAGUAGUGUGGCCGAAUGCACUGAACAAUAGUGAAUACGUAGCGCGGCCAAAUACAACGCAAUAAAAUAGGAAGUAUGGCCGAAUGUAGGCCAAAUAUUGCUGAAACCAAAUUUGUGUGGCCGAAUGUACUGAAACCAUGGUAAAUGAGUACCAAGGCUGAACAUAGUUCACAAUGCACUGAAUCCACCUUGAAUUUGUAGCAUUGCCGAACGUAGUGAAACACAGUGAAUAUGUAGCAUGGCCGACCGUAGGCUGUGUAUUGAACCACAUUGAAUAUGUAACCUGGUUGAAUGAUGUAUGUAAAAUAUACUGUGUGCAUGUAGCUUAUAAUUCAGUACCUCUCAGGAUUCCAAGUCCAGGUAUACCAUGUAACUUCUACAAAUAACCUUUUAUUUAGGUAAAUACAGAUGUUUUUUGUUUAUGCACGGAUUUGAGUUUAUUUUUGUAGUCAAUUGGUUAAGCAUCUCUGGAGUUUUCUAUGUACAAAGGAGAGUGCUCUUGCUAGAGGAUUGUGCUUUUGAAGACAUUUCACCAUUAAUAGCAGACAUUAUCUCUGGACGUGCACUAAAUCCUGCUGUAGUGUUUGUUACAAACCAUUGCUCAGAACGAGCUUUCCACAUACUGAUCUACUGCUUUAAUGAUCACUUUAGCAAGAUUUCUAAAGAUAUCCAGAUGAAACCAGACAUGACGUUAGCUCUCUCUCCGAAUUGUGGGGCAGAGUGGAGGCCCACAUUUUACAUGCAUGUCUGGUGACUCACAGAUAAUACACAAUUUAACUCUUACUCUCAAAGCCACACUGUUUACUUUUCCUUGGUCCUGUUAUAGUUGUCAGCUGCUGACAGAUGGAUUACACAGUUUUAUUUCCAUUGAGAUUUGGUAUAUAGCAAACAUUUUCUUAGUCUGCUAGCCUAAGGUUCAUUAAGCCAGUCCUCUCAACCAAACUGCUACUAGUUGGAUGAUAUCCCUACUGCUGCAAUGAUAUCUGUGCCAAUAUUUGCAUGAAUGAUUACCUCCCUGAUGUUUCAUCAGGUAUCUCUUCUCAUGUUGUUGUGUUCCAAAAAAAGGCUUUAUGAAUGAUCCAUGGAAAACACCACUUGCAGAUUAGUUUAACGUAAAAUGCAAAAUAAUAUGUGUGUGUGUGUGUGUGUGUGUGUGUGUAUGUGUAUAUAUAUAUAUAAUAUAUAUAUAUAUUUUUUUUUUUUAAUUCUUAUUUAUUUUUUUGUACAGCAGAUCCGUAAUGUCAUUGGUGUGAGGCAAUAACGUUUGUUGCUGUUCAAGAAAUGUAUAUUUUUAGUUUUUACAGCUUCUUUGGAAAGAGGAAAGCAUACUGUUUAUUUUCACUUUGCUUGUUGGAGUGGUGUUGCAGCUGUGUUUCUGGCCUUUUUGUAUUGAGGCAGAUUGUAUGAUACUUGCGUACAUAUGAUAAUUUUACAUUCUUUUAUGUAAAGCCGUAUAUAGAAAUGUUAAAUUAAGUGUCCAAGUUGGUUAUCGAUUGACCAGAUGUUGCAAGGCUUCUAUACACUGAGAUUUAUGGUUAGGGAGUACAAUACAGAGAGCUGGAAAAUAUACUCAUAUUGCUGUACUGCUCUUCUUAUCCUUAAAGGUACUCUGUAGGCACACAGACCACUUAAGCUCAAUAAAGUGGUCUGGGUGUCAUUUUGUAGAUAUGGCAAUGUUUCCACACACUUCUUGUGGCUCCCUUCCUGACUGCCACACUAGAUGGUGAUUCUGCUGCUAUAUCCAAGUGAGACUCUGUUCUUCAAGCAGAGAGCAUUUGAUUGGAGGAGAACUCGAUAGCGUUAGGAAUAUGUUUGUAUUGGCGAGCAUCUCUCUUCAGCCAGUGUGCAUGUAGGUUCCCAAGAGAUCUGGUAACCAAUCCUUUAUGGGUAACCAACUUGCAUAUGACCCCAGCAGCAGUAAUUCUAGAUCUCUGAUCUCCUGAGGCUAGUAAAGUCCUGAUAUUACCUAGAUUGCAAAGGAAUAUGCUGCGUGCUUUAAGGGCUUAAAUGUUACCACUCAUUUGAUGGUGUCAUAAAAAAUCACUUAGUGUUCAGCAGAGUGCCAAGUUUUUCAUCUAUACUUUAUUGCAUUCAAUACUUAUUCUGCACUCUGAACUUAUUUUGUAAUUUGAGUGUUUUGCAUUUAAAAUAUAUAUAUAUAUAUAUAUAUAUAUAUAUAUAUAUAUAUAUAUAUAUAUAUAUAUAUAUAUAUAUAUAUAUAUAUAUAUAUAUAUAUAUAAUAUAUUGUCAAAUGACUCUACACCUACCAUUAUAGCCCAGAGGCUUGUACACCUGUUCCUUCACAGAAAACCUGAUUUUUAUUUUGUUCAUCUACCGGCAAGUCUUAGAUGGAAUUCACCUAUAUGGCUUGGUUUAACACUUGAACAGCAAGCUAAGAACUGGCAACAAUUUUCACUGUGAGAAGAUUAAAUGACUUGGCAGAUUCCAUCCUUCAUGUUCUUAUUACACAGGACUAAGACCAUCAGGCACAUUGGAAUGCUGGGAUACUGCAUGAGCUUAUAGUGGGGGUGCUCCUGCAGACCCCUGUGAAACCUGUACUGCAGUAAAAAAAAAAUUCUCUUUUGCAUUCUUUUGUGAAAGUGUAAAAUCUAACAUUUUUAUAAUUCUCUAAAACCAGUAGCAAUCCACUUUUUUUCAGUUUGCAUCUUAAGUCCUGAAAUUGCCUUUCUCUGUGACAUGAUUUUUAACUUUUAUAGCAUUGGUUAAUCUUGGCACUGCAAAUGUUUGAUUCAAUUUCCCAUGAUGCUUAGCCAGACAUAUCUGCAGGGAUGCCCCCAUUCAGCUAAAUGCUGCUGGAGGAUGUAUCACGCAGUAUCAGACUUUCUCCAUCAUAAAUUCAUCUUGUGUUCAUACAGCACAGCUCUCACCCUUGCUAUUCUAUCAUACUUUUCUUCUCUCAUUCAUUCAUGCUCCCAUAAUCCCCUUUAACUUUCUACUUCGCUCUUCUGAGGCUACCCUUCAAAGUUAACAUUCAGUUGAUGGCUUUGUGUGCUAUUAUAUUGACAAGAUUAAUCAGUUUAGGAAAGAAUUCUUUCCCCUUCACUCCUCUCUCUCUCUGUCUCACUUGUACAUGCAUUUCCUACUCUUCAGGCCUUAUUCCUAGCUACUGAACAGCAGGUGAAAGUGCUUCUCCUUUCCUCUUGCCCCACCACUUGUCCACUCGAUCUCUCCCCACUUACCCACUUGGCUUUCUCAAUUCCAACUCUCUCCUUGACCCUCUUCAAUCUACCUUAUGUCCCUCCACUCUACUGAGACCGCUCUGAUUAAAGUAACCUACAAUCUUAUCGCAGCUAUAACCAAAGGCUAGUUCUCUGUACUAAUACUUCUUGACCUGUCUCUGUAGUUUUCAUCCUCUUUCUCCUAAUGUUUAUUCAGUGUCUCCUUUUCUAAUCACACCACAUUCCCCCGUCCUGUCUUGUUUGGAGUCUCCCAAAGCUCAAUUCUAGGUUUCCUUUUUUUUUUUUUUCUUUACACUGCCUCUCUUGGCAAACGUAUUAAUUUCUUUGUAUUUUGCUACCACCUCUACGCCGAUGACACCCAGAUAUCUCUCCUACCCUGAUCUCUUCUCUGCUCUCAUAGAACAUGUUACCGCUUCCCUUUCUUCUGUCUAUGAUUGAAUGUCCUCCACCAAAACCCACAUCUUAAGAAAAGCGUAUGGGCUUCCAGAGUAACUUCUUUUUCACAAACCUGUCUCUCUUAAAAAGCCACACUCCACUGACACCUUCGAUUUCUACUACUUUCCCACCUUGUUACUUAGUUUCGAUCCCCUUCAAUGCCCUUCUUGUUGUUUCAUACCACACCUCCUCUAGAUUGUAAGCUCAUUUGAGCAGGGUCCUCAUCAACCUAUUCCUGUAACAUUUUAUAAUUGUCUCAUUUGUUUUCCCAUUUUAUAAUUGUGUAAAGCACUGCGGAAUAAGUUGGCCCUAUAUAAAUGCAAACAUUUCGCCCCACUAUAACAUUCACGGCUACAUGAUCUUAUUACAAGGAAGGAUUGAGUAAUCCAACAAAAAUGUUCUGCCCCGACCACAAAACAGUAUUAUUGGGGACUCCAGCGAAUGCUGGCUGCAAGUGGGAAAUAGAUUAAACACAGGUUUUCCCUUUUUCCUUGUCUGCCAAAAAGUGAUGUCAGUGACAUUAAAUGAUCCUUAGCUGAGCUCACUGUAGCACCAGAUUCCCUGCACUAAGCCCUGUUGUGUUGAGCGCUGGUUUAUAGGUUGUUAAGGAAAUCUGAAUGUUGAUGAGAAACAAUGGUGUGUCCAGACUGUGAUCUAAGCAGACAGAGCUCUGAUUGCUAUACCUAGUGCUUCUCAAGGAGUGUGUUUGACACGGGUGACAACAGCAAUUGUUUGUUUGCUUUCCUUCUUCCUGCAUUGUUUGCUUCAAUUGACUAUCACUAGCUCAGAAAUGUCCGCUCACUGCAAUGAUUUGUUCUUUUAAUGUUUUCUUGGUGUGAUUAGAAAUUGUGUGAUUAACCCCUAGUGAUAGUGUGCAAUGGAUUAUAGAAUAGAUUUGUUGCUUAUUUUCUGUAUAUUGGCAACCCUUUAUGUUCCAGACUUGCAGUCCACUGACGUUUUUCUUGUGACUGCUUACAGUAGUUUUCUUUGACAUGCAUCAUACUUUGAAUACAAGUUAAACAGAGUGAUCUCAGGGUGUUGGGUAUUGUGAAAUGUAUUUUGUGACUAAUCAUUAGGACUUUAUUGCCAGUUUAAUGAACAGUUUAAUGUCAGUGAGCGCAUAACCGUUCUUCAGAAGCAGACCUUGCUAAUGGAGGUGUUGUGAAUGAUAGGUCCACAGAAUCCAUUUUCUGUAACAUUUUGGGAAGUAGAUGGCACUGCAUCUGAAGUACAGACUGGUGUGAAAAGCCAACUUGCUUCACAACCCUUUAACAUUUGAAGGAAUGACAAGGCAGUGCAUACGCGCAGAGAUUAGAUGUUUGAUUUUGUAUUACUUGCACCUUCAGAACUGGAAUUGUGCAAGAUCCUUUGCAUUUCAAACUGUUUGGGCAGGAUAAAGAUCAACCCAAAACUGUGGUCACUCCUUGCACAAUGAAAGGACUAUUGACUAGGGUUUGCAGCAGACACAUAUAUGACGGCAAAACAGGUGCUCUUCAAGGGCAUAGUGCUAUAUAAAGAGCAGUCUCUAUAGAAAUCAAUACAUGCCUCUCAAAGUUUAGAACUUUGCUCCCGAUAAAUAAAUGUUCUUUUCUUGAUAAAUGUCCUAAUGUUUUAAACACCACCUUUCACAAAGGUGAAAAGGAUGAAUUUUAGGUAAAAAUUAUAAAACUAGAUUCUGACAUUAUUGGAAAAGCCAUUAGGUUUGUCUUAGGAAAUGUUCCCAGUAUUUGAUUUCUGAAGCCUGUUUUUAGAUGAGAAUAUCUUGUAUCUGUCAGGUUUUGCUCAGCUCAUAUGUGUAAUCUGAUGCAUUUUUUUUUGUUUUUGUUUUUUGGGUCAUUGUUCUAUUGCAUGUUUUUGGUUUGUUAGUAUUUAUUAUAUUUGUGUUUGCCAAGUUACAUUUUCUUUUCUUUUUUUUAUAUUCCAGAAUAACAAGCUUUGAAAUCUCAGAAAAGAACAUUAUUUUUUUUUUUCCUCCAAUCUCACGGGAUUACAGACUCCACAACCUUCACAUCACAACCAAGACCUCACAUCCUCUUCCUCAGUAGAUGGUAUGCUGUAUCCAGUUCACUUUGUUUACUUUACACGCAAACCUCAGGAGUCAAUUGACUGAACCGCACCUUCUUUGUUGUGCCAAUCAAAAAGCACUGUGACGUCUGGACAACGAAGAGUCUGAUCUACUUCACCCAUGCAGUCAAUCUUAAUGCUCUACUACACUCUGCACCGGGCCUUGGUGUGGACAGACUUACUGCUUGCAUAUUUUCACAACUCAUUCAAUUUAAGUUGCUGCUGAAGAUUACAAGAAAAAAAAAAACUGUAUUACAAGUCAUUGUAAAUUAUUACGUUAAAGAAAAAACUGUUAAUGGUUGGUGAGAAUUUAAAUAUUUAACAUAGGUUUUUGAUUUAUACAUGUAUUUUUUUAUUUUUAUUUUUUUCCCUUUUGCUAGAGCACAUCAUUUUGAUGUUGGACCUUGAGCUAUUCUGUUGUAAACAGAUUUGGGGUAAAUGCUUAAACAUGGCUAAUACUUAUAUAGAUUGGGUACUAUUCUCUUUUUUAAGAUUGCAAUUGAAAAUGUGUCCUAGAUUACUAGGGCUGUUAUUUUCAGUUUUAUUUAGUGACCGUUAUAACAAUGAUCUAACAGUUUUGCACUCCCUAAAGUAGGGAAAGGUAACUACAGCCUAUCCAGCUGUAGGCCUACUACAAAUCCCGUGAAUCACUUUGGCUGCUCAAGAUCAUGGGAGCGGUAGUUGGUAAACUUCUGGAGAGGUGUCUGUUGCCUACCUCUGCCUUAAAGUGAUGCUUUUAUUUCUCUCAGUGCCAGACACGGCUACAGCACACUUAAAGGGAUUAUGUUAGGUAUCUGAAGACCCCAUCUACACGCUACUCACAGGUUUGAAAACUUUUUUUUUUUUUUUCAUUGCACAGGUACAAGAAAAAAUAAAAUAUGAAAUCAAGAGUCUUCCAUUGUACAUAUUGUAAAACAAAAAUGGGAAAAAAGUUUGGGGAAAAAAAAUAAUAAAAUAAUAAAAAGAAAAAAAAGAAAAAAAAACGUGGAACUUGGCUGAACUCUUUAAAUCAAAUGUCCCUGGAAUGAGCAAUGUGGUUGUUUGUAAAUUCUGGAAAAUCUUUCUAUACCUAAUAAACUAGAUACUGUUUAAUUUUUUUUUCUCUGGAAAAUAUGGUGUUUUGUGGGCAUUGUUGUAGGAAAAUUGAAGGGUCUGUGUUUAUAAGUGACUAACAUAAUCCAAAGAAUUUCACAAAACAGAUUUUAAUUAAAUAUAUUGCUGAUAUGUUACAAUGCUUAGUAACAUAUAGUAGAAAAAUCACAGUUUUCAAAUAGCCAAACAAGGCCUUUCUUUGUAAAAGUGCUGGGGUAGGGACGGUGUUCUGUGGGC